AUGGAUCCUAAAUCACCAUACUACAUUCCCUUCAGCAACCUCGACGUCUGGUGCACCUGGAAAGAAACCAACAAAGCAGACGUGGAGAUCAUCAUCUCCGUCGAUGUCUGGUGCACGCCCAACACCGAAUUCCUCGUACUAGACACCCGCACACCAACAAAAUCCUUCGUGAAGGACUUCUCUCUCGUGAGAAGGCCCGAGAGUGAGUCUCAGCCUGAUGCGUCGGUCCCAGCUAUUCGCGAUGAUGUCGCCCUCAAUGAACCACCGCCCUUCGACGUGCCUGCUUCUUCACCCGCCGUCGACGUGAGGAUUUCCACGCCUCAUACUCAGUCUAUUACCGAGUCUGAGACGCUUGGGUCGAUUGCGGGUCUUUUUGAUUCCUCGCUGCCUGAUGCGGAGAGUGCGUCUGUUGUCUCGAACUCGGAGAGUAUUGUUGUGCAGGAGAAUCUGCAUCAGGAUGGGUUUUUGGGCGACGAUAUCCUUGUUGAUCCGUUUUGUGAUGGAUUGGAGCUGGAUAGUUCGCCUUUUUUGAACAUGCCCAAGGAUGAAGGGCGGGAGCUGAAUCAAGACCAGGCAGAUUCGGAUCAGCUCAGUUCGACAUUCGAAAGCCCUGAUCAAAAGAGCGGCGGACCACUUUUCGGGACCUUUCUCUCGCGCAAAAGAUCCGCAAAGGCUGCCUCAUUGCCCGAUUCAGUAACAGACUCGGAGAGAGGGUACAGUCGGGGCAAGAAGCUCGAGGGUGCACAUGGCCCUCCUAGCAUUCCAUCGACGCCGUCUCCAGCCAAGCGCUCUCAAACCACCAGUUCCAACAACUCCGAAUCUCAUCAGCGCAGCUUGAUUCCUCGUCCACGCUCCCGUCUUAGCCAUGGUCAGUCUCGUUCCGAGUCUAGUAAGGGCUCGAUGCCACCCUCGCUGCCCCCUUCGCUACAGAGAGGCAAGUACACGCCUAUUAUCGAAGCCGACUUCCGCCAAUUCGAAAAUGAUAUCUCGCCGCUGUUCAAAGGCAGCAAACCCAAAAAGAAGGGCACUGAAAAAGACGUCGGUCUGGAUCGUCGGGUAUUGAAGCAUAAAGAUGGAAGUCCCAUUGUAUGCUUGUCCACGCGAUCUCCUGUCACACCUUCCAAAUCCAAUCAUAAGGCUCACGACGCAGAGGCUCGAACCCAGUCUGAUCUGGAGAAGCUUUCCACCGUUGCAAAUAUUGGAAGUCCGUGUGACUUCACCGGUCUGCCUGGAGAUUCGGACAUUGCGGACAAUGCCUCUUUCAGUGUUAGCCCUGGCCAGUCCGGCGCUGCUGUUCUUGUGCAGCCACUGCCCAUUUGGAUCACUGAUAACAAUAGCACGGAUGAGAGCGAAAGAGAACCAGAGCCACGCCUUACAUUUACCGCGGGAAAGUUUUACAUCGUUACCCCUUCCGGUAUGGAGCCCGCAGUUUAUAUGGUCAAAAUCACGCUUUCGGUACCGCUUCAAGAUGGUCGACCUGGUUGGCGUGAACUCCUUGUCCCUGGCUUGCCGCGAUUGCCGCCGGAUGAAUAUGGUUAUGUGUACUUUAUAAUUCCACAGGAGCUCAGCUUGGAAUUCCGCACAAGUCAUUUGAAACGAUACAAGAUCAUUGAGGGCUGUCUCAUGGGUCAGAUGCUCAUCUCGUCUCGACUCGUUCUACCACUUCGCCCCUGUCUGGCAAAUUUUUUCGGCUACCUCAAGGAUUUCAAUGUCAGUCAAGAAAUCGUCCAGGAUAUUCUGUCAGACAAUGAAUCCAUUCGUCUCGUCAGAUAUCACGCUAUCUGCUCUAUCAAUCUCAUCCAAACUGAUUUCUGGGCCGAGAAGUGUGGAAUUUGGCUCUAUAUCCACGGCGGCCCUCAAGGGGAGUUCUUCUGCUCGCUACAGAAACCGGGCUUUCAAGAUAUCCAUCUCCAGCACCAUGGCAAUGACAAUGCAAUCGGUGUUUCUAGGGUGGAGAUCAUGGCUGGUCGAUCGAAUCUUGAUAAGUUUGCCAUCACGUGGGUAGUCAAGAUUGCCAAAGGAUCACCGAUCAGAAUGCCUCGUAUCAAAUCGAGCGAGCACACCGAGGCUGACAUUGAGGUUGAAUUGCUCGAGCAGGCCACUGAUACUCAAGAUCCCGAAUGUGCCAAAGUCGAAGCGAUCUACAAGGGCUCGAGCAUGGAAUUCCUCAUCCUCCCUGAAACGAAAGUGGAGAUCCCUUCCAUUACUCUCACGAACAAACCACGACAUCGCUGGUGGAGGUACCUCGAACAUUGCCUUCGCAUAUACUAUGUCCUCUUUUUUCUUUUCUUUUGCUGGACGCGCUAUCAGAUGGGGGUGCCCUUUCCUUUUCUGGGAACUCCUAUUUCAGAAAUUUCGUGUGCGCAAGGAGAUCCCAAUCAUCCGAAUGUCUUGCAUGUCUGCUCUGGCAUCGAGCCCGAAUCCAAAGCCCUAGCCGAUGCCAUAGCUGAGGCUGGAGCUAAACCUGGUGCAUAUGAGCUACACUGUGAGGUAGGGGAGAAUCCGCCUGGUGUACACCACUGUUCCUUCGCAUUGUUCGCAGACGAAGCUGGGGUUGACGAAGCACAAGUGCUCGUAGAUAUGAGCAAGGAAUCUGUUUCCGAGACGGCGAGUGAGAAUGAGUCGGAUAUUCGACUCGUUGCUAGACCUUUGCGGGAUAAAAUUGACUACUUCCUCGGGUGGAGGGGACCGGUGGCGUGA